GCAACAUAUGUGACUACAGUGCCUCUGUUCCUCGCAGUCUCCAGCUUGUAUGACACAACACAGAACGGGCUCAGCACUCUCCAAUUUUCGAAUCUGGUUUUCCCUAACUCACCGUGUCCUUUUCUUGUGGAUGUGAUUACCUGGAAAGGAAUAGUUACUCCUCAUGGGGACCAGAGCUGAGAAUGAAGUAGACUCUUGUACUGCAUCUUCAGCGCGCCAGAGAAAUGAACUAAGGACUGAGUAGGAGAGAGCGUUCGUUUCUUGAGGACAUACAAGAGUCAAGGAGAAACCAUGAGGUUGCAGAGGAGCCCACUAUUGGCCGCCGUGCUGGGCUUGAUCACCUGUAUUUGUGUCUUUCAUACGACUGCAGCCAUUGACAUCCCACUGGAAGUUUUAAGUCAUAUAAACAUUGAGCAGCUGCCCACCAUCACAGCUCAGUCGCCCAGCUCUCUCAUCGCCUUCCCUUUUGAUGAGAGCUUCCCCAUGACGUGUGAAGCCAAAGGGAAUCCCGAGCCAGAAUUCAGAUGGACGAAGAAUGGCCAGGAAUUCGACCCCUCUCUAGACCCCCGGCUGAUGAAAGAGGAGAAUUCUGGGACCUUUGUGAUUCCCAAUAAUGGGAACCUUACAGAGUACCAGGGAACCUAUCGCUGUUACGCCUCAAACAAACUGGGGACCGCCAUAUCGAAGGAGAUUGAGUUCAUUGUGCCCCAUGUCCCAAAGUUUCCUAAAGAAACACUUGAUCCUGUUGUGGUGGAGGAAGGUCAGCCUUUUACUUUAAAAUGUAAUCCACCUAAAGGAAUACCUCCCCUCCAGAUCUACUGGAUGACUAUCAAUCUUCAGCACAUAGAACAGGAUGAGAGGGUGUCUAUGGGCUUGAACGGAGACCUGUACUUCUCUCACGCGGUGGAGAAGGACAGCGGGAGAGACUACUGCUGCUUCGCCGCCUUCCCAAGAAUACGAACCAUCGUUCAGAAGACCGCCAUGUCUGUCAUCGUCCAGACAAAAAAAAGUGACAUGAGUCCUGAAAGUGCUAACGCAAUCCUUGAAAGAAAACCCUCUCUUCUGACGCCCUCUACUGCCACAUCAGAGACACAGCUGGUUAAAGGAGAGGACUUGAAAUUGGAGUGUAUUGCUGAAGGAUUUCCAACUCCACAGGUUGAGUGGGUGAAGAUGGGUCAUCAGCUUCCCACAAAAGCAAAGGUGGAGAAUCAUGGGAAAUUGCUGAUUGUGCCGAGAGUUGAACAGGAAGACAGUGGCAAGUACAUGUGCAAGGCAAAGAACGGACUUGGAGAAGCUGUCCAUUACUUCACCCUGAAAAUAGAAGAGCCUCCAGAGUGGGUGAUUGAGCCGGAGAGUCAGCUCAGUAUGAUCGGCUCAGAGGUGCUCAUCAAGUGCUCCGCCAGUGGGACUCCUCAGCCGACUAUAACAUGGAGGGUGAACGGUGAACUUCUGCAGGGGGCCCCUGCAGCAAACAGGAAGGUGUUUGAUGACACCAUAGCUUUACGUAACGCCAAAGCAUCUGACAGUGCAGUCUAUCAGUGUGAGGCCUCCAACAAACAUGGAACCCUUCUGUCAAAUGCAAACAUCAUGAUCAUGAAUCUGUCCCCCAUAAUAUUGACCAAGGAGGGGGAGGAUUACUCUGCUGUGGAGGGGAAGGGAGUGAUGAUGCACUGCAACGUCUUCAGCUCUCCUCCUUCUACCAUCACUUGGAGCAAAGACGACUCCUCUGACUCCGUGGAGGGACCGAGGCUUACCAUUCACGAAAAUGGGUCGCUGGAGAUCUACAGCGUGGAGAAAGGCGACACGGGACAGUACACAUGUUUAGCUAAAAACACGGAGGGAUCGUCUGCCAUCGACGCCAUGCUCUAUGUGAAAGAUCCCACUAGAAUAGUCGUGGCCCAGGAGGACCUGCAGAUCCUAAUAGGUACCACGGCCCAGCUCUCAUGCCUCGCAGAGUACGACAAGUCCUUUAGCAAUGACUUUGAGCUCCUGUGGGAAAAAGAUGACAUGAAGAUAGCCCUCAACAACACUGAGAAUUCAAGAUACUUUGUGGAGGAUGGUAUUCUUCAGAUUAUCAAUGUAAGCCACAGGGACCAGGGUGUGUACACAUGUGUGGCAAGAACUCCAGUGGACCGAGACACAGCCUCAGCACUGCUCAUGGUGUUAGACGUCCCUGAUGCACCCGAGCCCUUGUUACUGUCUGAACACAAGAGCAAAAGUGUGAAACUGAAAUGGAUCCCUGGGGACGAUCACAACAGCUCCACCACAGAGUUUAUUAUCGAGUAUGAGGAAAGCCAGUGGGAGCCGGGAAACUGGAAGGAGCUGCUCCGAGUACCUGGGAACCACAACUCGGCCGUGCUCAAACUCCACGGCCACGUCGACUAUCGCUUCCGCGUGUCUGGUUUAAACGCUGUAGGGAGGAGUCUUCCCAGCAAGCCCACAGAAAGAUACAAAACCCCCCCGGCAGCUCCUGACAAGAACCCUGAAAAUAUCAAAAUCGAAGGUCAUUUGCCACAUGAAAUGGAUAUCAACUGGGAGCCCUUGUUACCCAUUGAGCACAAUGGUCCCGGUUUGGAGUAUAAGGUGAGUUACAGGAGACAGGACGUGGAGGAGGACUGGAAGGAACACUUGGUGAAGAGACACUCGUUUGUGGUGAAGAACACUCCCACCUUUGUGCCCUAUGAUAUCAAGAUCCAAGCCAGGAACCAUCAGGGCUGGGGACCCGAGCCCAAGAUUGUGACCGGGUACUCAGGAGAGGACUCUUUCUUCUGGACUUGCCCCCAGGAAGUAUCCUCAGUUCCCUCUGCUGCACCUGAGAAUGUAGCUGUGGAGGUGAACAGCUCCGUGGUCAAGGUCAGCUGGACGCGUGUACACAAGGACAAGUUACAUGGACAUCUGGGAGGCUACAGGAUAAACUGGUGGCGUCUGCGCAGUCUGGCGGCCUCAAAAAAAAGCCACGAAGACAAACAUACGCUAACAUUGCCCGGGGACCAGAACCACGCCACGGUACCAGGACUAACGCCCUUCUCUGAGUACAGCCUCAUCGUCAUGACCUUCAACGGGCGGGGCAACGGCCCCGGCAGCAAUCAACUCAACUUCAAAACCCCGGAGGGAGUCCCUGAGAAAAAUCCUGUUUUCAGGGUCACAGACGUACAGAAGCACACUGUCUCUCUGGUCUGGGCCCCGCCAUUGGAGCCUAAUGGGAUUCUCACCGGGUACCUCCUCGAGUAUCAGCUCAUCAACGACACAGAAGAAAUGGGGCCACUGCAGACAGUAGACAUCAGCAACCCCGACACCACCAAGUGGAAGCUGCGCGACUUGGAGCCUGUGAGCAAAUACAAAUUUUACCUGCGCUCCUGCACCACGGUGGGCUGCGGGCCCGUUGUCAGCGAGGAGUGCACCACUACUCUAGAAACAACUUCCACUUUGACUUCCACCCUUGGCCUCAGCAAGUCAGCUUCCCCCUCACCUCCAAGCACUCCAAAGUCCCCAGUGACCAAACCCACUCGUUCCACCAUAGUCCCGGCCCUGUCGAAUUUUAGCUCAGCUGUUAGUGACAGCUUUGCAAAUAUCAGCUGGAUUUCUGGAGGAGAGAACACAGAGUUUUUUAUUGCAUAUAUGAACAACCGUGAGGGUCUCUGGAAGAUAUCAGAGGCCUUAAACACCUCUAAGACUUUCCACAUCAUUGAUGGGCUCGACCCCGGGACGGAGUACACUGUGCGCCUUAUCCCUAACAGCUGGGUUGAUAAUUCUAGUAUAUUUGAAGAUGUUAUCACGACCGAGUUUACAGGUCUGGCCAGCAUCCAUGGAGGAAUAUCCACCCAGGGCUGGUUUAUCGGCCUGAUGUGUGCCAUCGCUCUCCUCACACUCAUUCUGUUGAUCGCCUGCUUUGUCAACAGAAACAAAGGAGGGAAGUAUUCCGUAAAAGAAAAAGAGGACCUUCACCCAGACGUGGAGUCCCAGGGCAUGAAUGACGACACAUUUUGUGAAUACAGUGACAACGACGAGAAGCCACUGAAGGGCAGCCAACACUCGCUGAGCAGAGAGAUCAAAGCCGGGGACAGCGGGGACAGCCUGGUGGACUACGGGGACGAGGACGUUCAGUUCAACGAGGACGGCUCCUUUAUCGGCGAGUACGCCGGGCGAAAGGAGAAGAGGGUGUCCGCUGAGAUCAAAGCCACUAUUCAGACCCCGGCGUGAGGAGCCGAAACCGCCAUCCAUCUUCGCCUAGACAACGUUUUCAUUAAAACCUGCUGGGAGGAACAAAUGAAAGAGGAAACAGACAUUAUCCAUACCGAGCACAAGUUUUGUGUCAAAUGUAAUGCGUCAUUUCCAACUGCACACUGCCACCCUCAUAUUAUAAAGCUCUGUUUUGUCGGGUUGCAACAGAAUGACCAUUACUAAAUACUGUGUAUAUAUAGUGUAUAUUGUAUGUGCGGAGUGUCUUUUUUUUUUAAAUAAUUAUUACACAAACAAUUUAGAGGGCUUGAAUUUUCUUUUUUUUUAUCUCCAGUACUUCAACUGCAGUACUGUUUGUACAAAUGUCAGGAAAAUGCCACUCUCCAUUAUACAUCAUUAUAUGCAGCUUUGCCUGUGAUAUCAUCUUGUAGCAGACCACAGAUAAGUGGGAAAAUCAAGUUGAUAUUGUUUUUUUUUUAAUUGGAGCAAAUAUUACUGACCUGUUAUAUUUGAAAUUGAUUCAUUAAAUGUGAGUAUAAAAGAGUGUAAAGGUUGUUUAUUAACUUAUUUUCUUCCAGUGGUUUUAUACCUGACAAAAUAACAAGAAAAUUGACAUAUCAUAAGAAGUGAUUGUUGAGUAAUGAAUCUCCCUGUGAUGUUAGAAGAAAAGAAAACGUAGCUCUUAUGUCUUUUUUGUUGCAUUCAGAUGCGUUGGACAGGAGAAGUUACAGACCUCGGUCUGUGCUGUUACAGCCCCGUGCUAAUAAUGGAAUGGAAAAUAUGGAAGCAGUCCCUAGGUCAAGCUCCAAAAAUGCAAACCGGUCCUCCAAACCAAACAACAAUACAGGUUGUUUAUUUCUACCGUCUGAUACGACCCACAGGAGCGUUUUAAUAAACCGAGAGGUAGCAGGAAAACCCACACACGGGAGCAUUUUCCAUCUUUAUAUCUAAACAAGGGGUUGAUGCAUAGUCUGUGUAAGUGAAGCCAAAACAUCUUGAUUCCCCCCCCCCACCCCAUAAAGGUCAUAAAUCCCGCCCACUCCAUGUUAGCGGAUGGGAUAUGGGCCAAGGAAAGUACACGUCAAACGUCAAAUACAUUUCUCCCAAAGAUGGGUUCUGUCAUUUUAGGUAGUUCUUAUCGCGCUGAUGUUUGUUCAAGUGGUCCUCUUUCUGAUCAGUUUGGUUUUUAUUAGUCAUUUGUUGCUUUGCAAACGGGGUGAAACGUCAUGAUUGUGAUUUAUUCGUGAUUGGUCGGGCGGGUGUAAGGGCAGGACUUCGGUACCGCGGCUCCACCGCCUGAUCACUACUGCGCAGAGUCUUACAAAAUGGCAGCGUUCCGUAUCCGGGAUAUUUUGGCUUCACUUUUGUACAGUGGGAGGAAGUGGAGACUUUAAUAUACAGUCUAAGAUCUAAACCAGAGAACGUUACCGACACGCGCCAUUAAUGUUGUGAAACGGACGCAGUAUGGCGAGGUUUACGCACAAAAACUGCUUAGUUAUGUUUAGAAAAAGAUUGCGGUUUGGGUUAAAAUCAUGUUACGUUACUUCACUUACGCAUGUGACGCAGAACACAACUCACAGCUUCCUCUAUGUGGAAUUUCUUAUACUUCAUCACCUUACUUCCUGUCAUAAUUACUACGGCCACUUUAGGGCACCUCAACUAUAAACGUAAAUAUGAGUCGUAAUCGAUAAUUGGCAGUCUCAAAGUCCAAGAUUAGAUAACCCCAGUGACUUCAUUAUGACAUCAUCAGUUCUUUUUUGCUUCACAGAGCAUCUCCAGAGCCACUGAACAUUAUACAACUGUGUUUGUAGAUUGAGUAGUGCUCUCAAUAAUCCGUAAACCGAUUUUCAUGUAUGAACUGGUGGACUGCCCCUUUAAAGAAGCAAGUGCACAGUACCUGUAAUGGAUUAUAGACGUUGUUUGUAAUCAGAAUACUGUAAUCUGGUUGCAUGAUUUUUGACAUCUUCCUACCCUGCUAAGAUACAAUAGACGGUAGUCACUGCUACAUCAGUCUUAACAAGUCUUACUCUGUUACUUUCAAUAUACUGCCGUUCAAAAUCAUUAUGUUGGUCAGAAUUAACAUUAGCACCACGAUCAGAAAAAUUGCAAUGUUUUGUAAAAAUUCUGCCAUUGCAUGUUAAGAAUGUUAAUUGGUGUUUUUUGAUGUCAUUAAAUUGCUUUACUUUCUUAAAUCCUG